GAAAGCCAUCUAUACGGGCUUGGAAGCCAUUUUGACGCAGAAGCUGGACGAAAAUCAUAGAUUCGGUCGUAACCAACCUGACCUAUUCUAUUCCAUUGAGCGUCUUCCCCACCCUUUACCCUUAUUGUGGUUCAUCACCCAUUUGUCCAUCCAAUGUCCUUCGCCCGUUUGGAUUUGCCCGUUGUUAUACCUCUUGCCACUUACUCAUUAAUUUGGGCCCAUAUCGGAAAAUCUCAAACUGGGGCGACGUUAGGCUCAAAAAACGCCUUCUAUUCCACUCCGGGAGGUGGGUUAUUCGACGCUUGACUCCAUAGAUUGGCGGAAUUUGCCGGAUGCGAAAAUACCCGGAAAUUAAUACCAAUUUCGACCCUGAGUCCCUGGAACAUAAUAAACAAAAUUGGAUUGGACCUGAUCCCAAUUCCCAAGUUUGUGAACCGCUCAUCGCUUCCGGAGUCCAUCCCUCAGCAUGGACCCUGUAGAAGUGAAGGCCGAGGUGGGCGAUGAAGUGCCGCCGGACCCCAAUAUCCAAGUGUUUGACGCCACCAAAGAAGAGUUGGAAGAAGAGGAUGACGGAGAUCCGAUUUACGUACCGGAAACAAGAGGCGGGUCCCAAGAGGCCACGCUCAAGGGGUCGAAUGCCAAUAAACGCUAUUUGAAAUCUUGGGAGCGGCGAUUCCCGUGGGUAGAGCGCGCUAUUCCCGGUAAAGAGAACGCCUUCUGUAAGGUAUGUUCCAAAACGAUUAAUCCGAAAUUGGCCUCACUCCAAGUUCACGCCCGCACCAAAGGACACCAGGUUCGAAUGCGUGAACUAAUGCCGGAAGCUUUUCGCGAUGAAGAUGAGGAAACCCGCUGGGGUUCGCAGAAUGUCAUUUGUAACAUUAAAACCGAGUACGGGGUGAAUGACCAACGUUUGGCCGUCGACUUGGGCAAGUUGACGUUAGCCUCGGAUAUUGAGACCAUCAUGGAGGUGGUCGGACCCAAGAUAUUUGAAAAUUUGAGCAUUUGGGAAGUGUUGUUGUACAAGGCCAGUCAGGCCAAGGGCGAAGCCGCGGCCAUGGACUUGGUAGUUCGAGAUACGGAAAACAUCCUGACGCAACUCAAGUUGUUGAUUAGUAAUUGCUACGAAUACAUGCGGGGAGACUCGUGUGAGCCCAAAGUUGAGCCCGACGUCGAUACUCAGGCUGCCAUUGAGGAGGCUAUCGAGAAACAAAAGAGCGACAAAUCCGGCGUGGGCAUCUCACGAUUCCUGGCCAAUGCUCUGGAGAUUGAAGAUGGCUAUUGGCAGAAUCGGGAUGACAGUGACGCCAGUUACCGCAACGCCAUGGAAGUGGGUAUUCUAGGGCCUUUGGCCAAGGUCAAGGUUGAGCUCGCCGAUCCCAGCCCGGCCUAUGUGGAUGAUGUCCAGCAUGAUCCGGACUUCCGGGUCACUGUCAAGAAACGCGGCCGUCCCCGUGGACGUCCGAGUGGGACGAAGAAUAAGCGGAAAAAGGUGCCAGCCAAAAAGGACGAUUUCAUCGAUGACGAGGACUAUGACGAAGAAGAAGAGACCAUGGGAGGGGACGACGAUGAUGAGGACGAGGACGAAGAUGGCGACGAAGAUUACGACGAAGAUGAUGACGACGAGGAGGCUCGAAAACGAUCCCCGGGCAAGACACGAACGAACAAAGCGUGUCCUAAAUGUGGUAAGCCGUACAAGUUUGAAGAAUCUCUCAAGAAGCACAACGAGCACUGUCGAGCCAUCUUACGCUAUGCCAAAGAAGAGAAAGGCUUCCUGUGUCUCUAUCAGAACUGUCCCACUCCGGACAAGGCUUUCCCGGCCAAAGAUGAGCUCCUGACUCACUUUGACGAGCACCAUUUCACGCACGAGGAUCGCACCAUCGACUGCACGUAUGACGAGUGCAAAACGAAGUUCGCGACCAUAGUGCUCCGCAACAUGCACAUCCGAAAGAGCCACGAGAAACGCUUCGUGUGCGACAACUGCCCUAAGAAGUUCUGGAACCAGAAAAACCUCGACGACCACGUCGAACGUGUGCAUAAUCGGCCCGAGGGUGAGGGUACGCGAGACAUGAAUCCUUGUCGGAAAUGCGGGAAGAUGAUCGCUAUGACCUACAUCACCAUCCACGAGAGCAAAUGCAACGGUCUCUCCGUUCGAAACCCUCAGUUCAAAAAAGUGGGCGACGAGUAUUACUGCACUGCCCGUGAUUGCACCAUCAAGCACGGGUUCUCGUGUGAGUACGGCGUGCGUACGCAUUUCUUCAACACGCAUUUAAACGACGAGGAGAAGAUCUACACAUGCGAUUUCUGCGAGCGCAAAUUCGGUUGCAAAAUUGCUCGGAACAAGCACGUGAAAGCCACCCAUCUCAAACCUUAUGUCUGUGAUCAAUGCGGUGGGCGAUUUGGCACCAAGAGCAAGCUAGAUUCUCACCGAUUGACGCACACGGGUGAGAAGCCCUUCGCCUGCGAUCAGUGCGAUUAUCGUGCGGCUAAGAAGUUCAAUUUGGACGAGCACAAGCAGAAGCGUCAUAACGACAUGGGUGGGCGGAAUUUCUACUGUGGAUUAUGCGGCAAAAUGUUCCUGACCUCGGGUCGACUCACCAGUCACUUCCGGAUCAUUCAUCACGAUGGAAAAGUGGAGGAGCCGCCGAAUCGGAAGAAGCAGAAAAAGAAGUUCAAUCCAGUCCAACAGAUCCAGGCCCAAGCGCAACAAACUGUUGCAGGGGUCCAUGCAGUUCAGCCGCAAGAUCUGCAUCAGGCCCAGCUGCAGCAACAACACCAACAACAGCAGCAGCAUCAACAACAUCAACAGCAGCAACAGCAACAACAUUCCGAUCAAGUCGCUCAUCAAGUCCAUGUUCAACAAUCGCAUUUGGUGCCCAAGAUCAUUUUUAAGGAAGGUAUGGGUGAAGCGCAUUUGGCCCACCAUCCAGAUAUUGGCCAAGAGUUAUUUGCCAUCAAGCAACAUCAAUCUCCCGACGGCGUGGAGUAUAUGUAGUAUUCACAUUAGGAGGGUUCAUGGACACCUACCUACCUAGUGAUUGUAAGAUAACGUAUUUGUAAGAUUGAAUUGAACCCCUUCCUAUUGUAUACUGCA